CUCGGUCGCUUUCCACCCAGGAUGCAUUCCCACGCCACUCCCGACGGCAGAGCUGUCCCUCAUUUCCCAAGGUCUCACCUUACUGAAGCAGUUGCCAAAGCCAAGGCAGGUGGAAGUGGUGGUGGAAGCACUGGUGGAAGUGGAAGAGGUCUUGUGGGACAGAUUAUCCCUAUAUAUGGAUUCGGCAUCUUCUUAUAUAUUCUGUACAUUUUAUUUAAGCUGGCUUCCAAGGGAAGAACUACUCCUGCAGAACGGAAAUGCCCCACUGCUACACCUGGGAACAUGAAGAGGAAAAUCACUGACUAUGAGCUCACUCAGCUCCAGGAAAGACUGAAAGAGACAGAAGAAGCAAUGGAAAAAUUAAUCAACAGAGUAGGACCUAUGUAUGACAGGACUCAAAAUGUUACAACAGACCAGGAAAAAAUGUUACUUCAACAACUCCGAGAAAUCACUAGAGUUAUGAAAGAAGGAAAAUUCAUAGAUGACAUCUCUCCUGAGAAGGAAGCUGAGGAGGCUCCUUACAUGGCAGAUUGGGAAGGUUAUCCAGAAGAAACCUAUCCUGUCUACGACAAUUCCGAUUGCUGCAAGCGCAAACAGGACACAAUCCUUGUAGAUUACCCUGACCUGAGCCAGCCCUCUCCAGAGGAGCUGGCAGAAAGAAUGGAGGGCAUGGAAGAUGAGGAGUAUCCUUAUGAUGAAACCCUGCUAAGUGAUCUCACCACAGGAAUGGGUGGCCAGGAUUUAAUGCAGAAGAAGGAUGAUGUAACUCCCAGCAGGGAGGAGGAGAGUGACCUUCCUCCCAGCCAGAGCACUGGGGAGUGCUGCUGCUGCUGUGAUGAUGAUCCUGCUGUCAUAGCAGAGAAUGCUGGAUUCCACUCUGAGAGCUGCAGUGAAGUAGAAGAGACAAGCCAAGAGGACUUGUCUGUGGAGUCAGAAAAUGAAAAUGCAGCACUGGAAAAGCAAAAAGUCAUCGAUUCAGAGGAGACAGGCACACUGAGAAAGCGCUACACCAAAGUACUUGAUUGAUAGGACAACAGUGGA